AUGAAAUCUUUUAGAAAGUGAGUCCUAUCAAAAAGCACACGAGUCCAGCUGCUUUCCUGGAGGUGCAAUGUGUCGGCAACUCUAAAACAGCCGAAUAAAAAAGUUGUGGGCGUGGCUAGAGUGGGUGAGCCUGAAGAGCACGUCAGUGCGUAAAUGGAUUUUGGCGGAAAACCCAUUUAUGUAUACUUUGGUGGUUGUUGGUUUCAUACGUGACAAUCGGCAACACAGUUUUUGUGCAAUUCUAGAAUUCUUCAGAAAACUAUAGAUUUUUCCACUUUUCCAUCCAAAAAUAAUUUGAAAUCUGAUUUUCUGUAAUUUUCAGGACCGGAGUAAUGUCAACGAACGAUCAGCAGACAUUUGUGAUCAACGAUCAGAAAGUGGUCAAAGACGCUCCGCCCCAUAUCCUUCAGAAGCUCGCCGUCGAUGAGUUAGUGGGAAAAAACCGAAAAAGUCUCUUAGUGUGCACUCUUAGUGUUUUUCCACACUUUUCGAUGAAAAACUAAGGAAUGAAGUUAACGAUUUUAUGACAAACGGUCAAAACGCCAAGUUGUCAUCAAUUUCCAGCGAUAAAUAGUUAUUUUUGGUAAAAAGCUGAUAAAAAACGGGUUUGCAGGCAAUCGUGGGAGUCGCGGACCGUGUCGUGGACAUAUGACUCCCCACACCAUUUAUCCGUUCAUGCACUGCAGUACUGCGGAGACCGUCAGUUGAGGGCGACCGCCUGGGAAAAGUGGACCAGCAAGGCUUGGUCCUUUUUUUAUGCGAAAAUUGAGCGAAAAAGCUUCCAGGCUGGAUUCGAUUGUUUUGGACGAAGAGCAACUAUUUCUGACAUAAUUUUUCCAUGUAAUUCGAUUAGGCAAAGUGUCUCGCAUGAAGAUGCCUCGGAAAUUCGUGAUUCCUAGCACUUUUACGAGUUCUUCGAGGUUGAUUGGUCAAUGAUUUCAGGUCUUUUUCGAGUCGAAUAUUCUCAGAUCCCCUGGAUUUAUCUAGCUUCGCCAUUUAUUAUAUAUUUUUUUUAUUUUAUGCAUCACCCAUUUCAAAAAAAGUGUAGCGCAAAAUAUUACUCGUAUACCCAGGCCCCCUGAAAAUCAAGAAACUCGUUAACGUCAACCAUUAUAAUACUACUUUCGAUCAACAUCGAAGAGCUCCGACACAAUAAGUCAGACUUGCCAUAUCCCGGGCCGGCCCGGCCCGGUCGGCCCGGCUCCGCCCACUCUUGAGAAAAUUUUCGUAAUUUUUGUGAAAAUUUUGCGACUUUAAACAGCAAUUUCUAUUUAUUAACAGGUUUUUAUGCUAUAACAUUGCCUUUUUAAGUCUAUAAAAUUUUAAGUCUAUAAAAUUAUGUUCGUUUCGAAGUUCUAGUUCGCUUUGAAUUUUUAGGUGCAUCCUCCCGGGCCGACCGGGCCGGGCCGGGCCGGGCCGCGGGCCGGGCCGUUGCAAGUCUGCAAUAAGUAAGCGUUUUUUCUCAUGAGGUUUCUCAUGAUUUGCGAAAGUUACCUAAAAUUGCCAAUUUUGUAGCGAAGGACUCGCCAAAACGCUCGGAUAUUCGUCGCCGGCUGAGCACCGACUCGCCAACAAAAUGGCCGCCUUUUAGACACUGUACGCAGUUUCAUCAAUGCGUAAGUAUCUGUUUUAAAGCUACUUCUGCGCAUAUUUUUUUAGUCUGACUCGUCGCAUCCGUCCGGUGGUGAUCGAUCGGAUGGAAUCAUGGACUGCGUGGGCGGCCCGUUGCGAAAUGAUCACCGGAGAACUGCAGGCCUACGACAUGCCCCCUCAGUCCUGA